UCUCUAUAGUUUUAGAGAGAGAGAGAGUUUUAGAUAGAGAAAAUGGGUGAGGCACAAGGUGAAAUGAAAGCCCUAAAGCCACCCAAGAGGUCCAGGCAUGGGCUUGGAAGGCGCUGUGCUGCCUUAGUAAAGGAGCAAAGGGCCAGGCUCUACAUUCUAAGGCGCUGUGCCACCAUGCUCUUGUGCUGGUACAUUCAUGGCGAUGAUUAGUGACUUCUUUCUCUCUCUACCAUCCUUCUCACUCUUCACCCCCACUACUCAUACUUAUCUCUCUCUCUUUCUCUCUAGACACACUGACUUUGAGAUACUACUUACCCUUUAUUCUCUCCAUCUCUCUGUGUAAUACCAUUGAUUCUCUCUCAUGACACUACCAUUUACACUUUCUCUCUCUAAACACAUAACUACUCCUAUCUCGUAACUAUACCUUCUCUCUCUAUAUACUUUUUUGGUUUGAAAACGCCAGCCAUUUGAGAGGCCCCAACUAUUGCAGCAAGAAGUGAAAGUGCAAAGUUUUUUGUGAUUGGUUUUUCCGAGCCCGAAGCCCGGCGGGCGGUUUCGGGUUUGCUUAGGGAAGAGAAAUGGCCAUUUAUUUCUUUUUGCCGGACCGGCGUGUCGAGCCGGUCCGGUUCACCGGCCAAGGAAUAGCGGUUUUCCGGCGGUGGUUGCCGGAUUUGUGCUUUUUUUAGUGGACGGGAAAGUGGCUUAGAGAGAAUAUGAAUAGGGGGGUUUGUCUCUCUACAAAUUCUGUGUGUUUUGGCAGGGGUCCUCUGUGUUGGUGUUUGUAUUUUUGGCAUGAAAGUGGAAAUGCUUACAUUUUACGAGA